AUGGAAGUCCGCCUCAUCAUCGUCUCGGGCCGCGCCGGCUCGGGCAAGACGUCGACCGCCAACGAAAUGUCGGAGCAGCUCAAGCGCAUGGAGAUCCGCCACGCGCACAUCAACGGCGACAACCUCGACGCCAUGUUCCCCGACGAGGCCGGCGCCGACAUGCUCCUCGCCAACCUGGCGGCGCUGUGGUCCAACUACUACCACCUGCGGGGCGUCGACCGCCUCAUCCUCUCGGGCACGGCCGCCGUGCUCGAGACGGACCGCAUCGCCCGCACGCUGCGCCGCGUCACGGCCUCGAUCCCGACGCUCCACUUUCAGUCGCCGCCGUCGCCGAAGCAGCAGGCGGAAGGCCAGUCGUCCUCGUCGCCGCGCCUUGGGGGCAAGGACGGCCGCAUGAUGCCCCCGGCGUCCGUCACGACCCGCGCCUUCAUCCUGCAGGUCCCGGACGCGCUGGCCGAGAGGAGGCUGAAGCAGCGCGAGGUCGGCUCGGAGCUGCCGCAGCUGCUCGCGAGCAGUCGCCGCAUGGCGGGCGUGCUGGAGAGCCAGGUGGGUGGGUGGGCGAGGCUUGUCCCGACGGACCAGAGAGAGGUCAAGGAGGUGGCUAUGGAUAUCCUGCGCACUGCUGGAUGGAUAUAA